UUUACUGUUUUCUGUUGCCGUUGUUGAAUUCAAUAUUAAGUUAAGCACCCACCUGCACAUAUAAAAAUGAUUUUAUUURUUUACAUUUGGAUCGGAAUCGGCCUACUGCCACUUAGUCAAGCAGCAAUAAGUGAGUGCCCCACAUACAAUGUACCAUUGAUGCGUGCCGAAUUGGAGGCAGCUAGUGAAGUCUCUUUGGUGUUUUACUACGUGUCUUGGUCGAGCGAUGCCAGACAGGCCCGUUUGGUCUACGAUGGCGUGGCGCAUUAUUACAAAGAUUACGCUUCAUUUGGCGCCGUAGAUUGCUGGCACCUACAAUGCAACUGCAGCCGCACACAUAGGCAGCUUCCCGGCAUGGCAAUUAACGGCGGCUAUCCCGACAAAUGGCCCACGUUGGUGGUGAACUAUGGGCGGAAAUUGAAGCUGCAGUAUCAGGGUGCAUGGCAUUUUGAAGAUUUGACACGAUUCAUGAAUAAUCUUAUACAGCCUAUUGACCGCAUACAUAUCACCUCUGAGUUGGGCGCUCUAUGGAGGAUCUCGGAUGCCGUUGUGCUAGCUCUGCUGGAAUCAGCAGACAGUCAGGAAUAUAGGCGCUUCUUGGCGACCGCAAUACAUUGGUUAGAGUUUGAUCCGGAGCGUAACGUACGGUUUGCUGUUACGUUUGGCCAAAGAGCUAAAGAAAUUCUCAAAUUGGAACAGAUAAUACUGCCUCAACUAGUGCUCAUAGAUAAUCGGUAUAUAUUGCACAGCUAUAAUAAAUCGAAUAUAUGGCGCCCAAUGGAGAUCUUGCAUUGGAUACGACCCAAGGUCAAUCCUCUCCAGGCAGCUGGCUAUGGAACACCCGCAAAGAUUGCGAUUAAAGCGCGUCACAUGCCCGUGCUGGCCAUGAGCAUACGAAUGCGCAAAGAGCACUCGGCAAUGCCCUUAGCCAUUGGCGAGGAGGCACUUCGUGGAGAAAAUGUUGACUGCGAAAAAUAUUCGCACGAAGAUGUUCUCGACUACCAAGAGUCGCGUUACAGGUCACUGAUGCAGAUGCCGAUGCAUCUGUAUGAAGGCGCAAAGACUUCGGAGCAGUUAGCUAACAAUUGCUAUCGAGCAUUUCAGCUUUCAGAAGCCACACUGACGAACUACUACUCCAUCAAUGAGUUUCUCAACUAUCUAUGGUCACAUCACUCUCACGAAAACGACUUGGAAUCGGAAACACGUCAGCUCAUGGGCCUGCACAAACGCAAUCGCUGCUUAGCGCACACCCAUUCACAGCAAGGCACGCCAGCCUUAAAGAUUGGCAUAGCCAAGAUGGUUGCCAAAUAUAGCCAUCUGCUGUGGCAGCAUUCAACCGCAGAGUUAUCGCACAAUCGUUCUCUGGCCGUCGUGCUCUUUGAUGGCGCCAAAUAUCGCGAUUUUCUGCAACAACUUGGCGUCGAUCAAGUCCAACUGAAUGGGAAUCACCGAAGAGACAGUUCAGGAGUACAGGCUUUCAUAGUGGAUGCAGCAGCAGAAUCAGUGCAUGUCAUGCCACAGCAUCAGACGCUCACCUACCAGGCACUGACUGAAUUCAUUAAACAGUUCUAUGCCCGGCAGCUACCACGAGUACAAAGGAACCACAUAUUAAACUCUGCCCCAUCUCGGGAUGCAUCAUAUAUACAGAAUUACAAUCGUCACUUAUUGCUCCAGGCAUUGCAACGCGCUAAUGCAACAAAUGUAGUACUCAUAUACCGUCCGGAUUGUGAACUCUCCGCCAUUAUGUCGCAAGAAGUGAUGCAAGUAGCAGCUAUGUUACGAAGUCCCGAUGUGAAUUUUAUACGCUUUAAUAGCCAGGCAAACGAUUUGCCUUGGGAGCUAACUAUGUCAGUGACGCCGGCGCUGCUCGUGUUUCCCCAAUCGCGUCCCACCGAGUCUGCAAUAUUUCCAAUUGAUAUGCGAGUGGAUACGGCUAACGUUAUGUCUUUCAUACUGGCUCAAUUGGAACCAGAGCAGCAGUUGCGCUUAGUCUUAGCCAGUUGUCGAAGGCGUUUGCGUCAUGCGCGGAGUUGCUUGGACUUUGCCGGGAAGCUGGUGCUUCAGCACGUCAGUCAAUAUUUGAGAUACUGGGAGGUAUUUGUGAAAGAGCGUGAUAUUAUCUUGUCACACCUCAAGCAAUUUAAUGAGAUGCACAUAGCCAUCGAGAGUAGCAUAAAGCUAUAGUAUAUGAAAUUAAAGCUCCUAAUUAACUUCGA